UUCCUGGUUUGGAUGCACCCAACACGCACAUACACUAAACCCUGUAGAACUCAUCAGUGUUUGAAUUAGAUCACUUGUUGAGUGUUAAGCUAAUUAGUCGAGGAUUAAUUAUGGGCGAGAGCGACGUCAAAGUUCUGGGAAUGGCGCCGAGUCCGUUCGUGAUGAGGGCUCGCAUUGCCCUUAACCUCAAAUCCGUCGACUACGAGUUUCUUCAGGAGACAUUCGGAUCUAAAAGCGAGCUUCUUCUUCAGUCCAAUCCAGUCCACAAGAAAGUCCCAGUUCUCAUUCAUGGUGACAAACCAGUUUGUGAAUCUCUCAUCAUUGUUGAGUACAUUGACGAAGUUUGGGCAUCUGGUCCGUCUAUCCUCCCUUCUGACCCCUACGAUCGCGCUACUGCACGAUUUUGGGCUGCCUAUAUCAGCGAGAAGUGGUACCCAUCCAUGAAAGGCAUUGGUCUUGCACAAGGAGAGGAGGCAAAGAAGGCAGCAAUCGAGCAAGUGACAGAAGGGCUGGCGCUGCUGGAGGAAGCUUUUGAGAAAUCCAGCAAAGGCAACGUAUUUUUCGGUGGAGAUGAGAUCGGAUACUUGGACAUUGCGUUCGGGUGCUUCUUGGGGUGGCUCAGAGUAAACGAGAAGCUGCAUGGAAUCAAACUGCUUGACCAGACGAAAACGCCGGGGCUGGUAAAAUGGGCUGACAAGUUUUGUGCUCAUGCUGCUGUGAAGGAUGUUAUGCCUGAAACUGACAAGCUUGUUGAGAUUGCUAAGAUUCUUGCUGCCAAAGCAAGGGCUGCAGCCGCUCCUCCUCCGUCUAAUUAGGCGAGAAACUUUAGGGCUGGUUUGGUAUUGUUGUGAUUUGAAAAAAAACUAUUUCUGUUAUGCUGUGAGAAUAAUCUGUUUUUAAGUGUUUACCAAACAUCUUUUUGAGCUCAGCAUUUUUUUACGUCCACUUUUUAUAAAAGCACCUCAGUACCAAAUCAGUACUAAGAGGUCAUAGCGAGACAUGUUCACGAUAGUUUGACAAAACUUAUAGCCUGGCCUAUUUUUAUGUCUGUGAGUACUCACAAUGGAGGUUUUCUAAGUCUAGGUCGUAGGGAUUUGGUGGUCUAGACUCCGAACCAUAGAAUUUCUCCCCAAAAAAUGGUGUAUUCUUGUAGUCUAAUUUUCUUUCUCCAAUGCUAAGACUCUAGCUUAUAAUCAUCUUCUUCCAAGUUGUCAAUAACGAGAUAGCAUUUUCUUCA